AGAAGAGCGCGCCGCUCGCGCCCGAACCCCGAGCGCUCGGCGUCGUCGGCAUCCCGAGCGGGGAGUUGGAGCGCGGGCACCGCACCGGACGGAUGCUCUUACUUCACGUUGGAAACGCCUCGUCUUUGUCGGCAUCACCCUCCACCACCACCCAGCUCAACCUCGGUCACGAUAGCGGACUUCGGUGGAUAAUCGGCUACUGCAGUCAAACUGCUGGGAUUCACAGGAGCUGUUGCGACUCCAUUUAUACCGCUCAUUUAUCAACUUUAUUUCCUUUUUUUUCUCUCGCUCGAACGACGAAAGUUAGGCGCGGAUUAGAAACUUUUGCGCCGCGGCUUCGACGGAGAAGGACUCGCUCUGUGUAGGAAGUGAGUAGAUUUUCUGUGCGCGCGUUCAGCGUCGCGGAAAAAAAAUCAUUUGGCUGAGAUUGAAGGCUCACGUGGCACCGAAAAAGUUUGGCGUAAGUGGGCGAGAAUCAGUGUGAAUCCUGAAGAGCUGUUAGAUUUUCACCUCGCCCGUAUUUUGUCGUUUCUUUUUAUCUUUUGACCGUUAGGUGAACUUAAAAAUGCCAUGAAGUCUUGUGAAUUAAACUAGGAAGUUCUUCUGGACCUUUUUUCUCUCUGUUUUUAUCUCUUUACCUUUUUGGCCGCACUUCCAGCUCCAAGACGCAAAACUGCGCCCUAAUAGGUGUCACUGCACCAAAAGUCUUGAGAAUUAGAGGGCUGUUUAGAAAUCAAGCAAGACAUUAGUAUUUCCAACAAUUCUCUUCCUUUUGUGUAUCUUUUAUUAGCCGUAUAUUUCCUGCCGGAAGCUCUUAUUUGUGCAAAGGCAGAGGAGACAACGUUGAUCAGAAAUUUGCGAGGGGUGAAUCUAGCCCGCAUGAGUCGUUGAAAAAAAAAUCUUUCUUUGAGAAACCUGGUCUCGCUUUUAGCUCUUUCAAGGAGAAAUAGCUAGGUCUGGUCGAAGGCCACGUAAAUACUUGUGCUUUCUGAACUGUUGACAUUUGCUACUCAAACCAAGGAACUACGCAAGGAAAAAAAAAUCUUCGGUAGCAAGACAAAAUUACUAUUUCCGUGGUCAGGUAUCGUGUGGGCCUCUUCAUCUUUAUCAAACAAGAAAAUAAAUUUUGCUGCAGAAAAUUUUGCGAGCAUUUCUGCCUUCGAGUUCAAAACGCGAGAACCUCCACCACGAACCCAGUAGUGAUUUUUUUUUCUUUUGUAACUGCGAAAAUCCCCAUGUCUUAUUCGCUCACCAACGUGGAUAUUUCAGUUUGAUUUUUGACAAAAAUCUGCGCCUUAUAAAGCUUGUUUUCUGCGAGGUGACUGAUUUGCGGUGAAGUGUGCAGUACUGAAAAAAGUGGACAAGCGAGUUGCGACGCAACGGACCAGCCGUGAACGUUCCGUUACACUCCUGAUUCCGUGAGAGAAGAUUUCAGGAAGCGAGUGCACGCGAAGAACCUUUGGUGACGCUGUUACCAGCAGAAAAACAAAACAGAAAAAGUGUAGGAAAAAUACGGCAGCUGUAACACCAGCGAGUGUCCGAUCAACGCUUCCGUUCGGUCCGUGAUCCCAAUACGCAAGGCCUACCGAACAGUCGCACACGGUAUAUAUAAAUACAACACGCUGGUGACAUUAAAGCUUCGCAGACCCCGCAAGCAGCUCCUGCACAACGACAGUGUGGGGAGAGGAUCCGGUGUGCCGUCCAUUUCAUUGACAAGCCUUCUUCAGUAUACUUCAACCGAAUUGCUUCAGACACAUUCAGAAAUACAAGGCAAGACACAAGUUUGCCUGGGUGAAGUCGUCACUAAAAACAACGACGAAGGAUUGCGUUAACAUUAAAAAAUUCUCUUGACUGGCAACUCAGCAAGCAAGAGAAGACGUGUAGGCUGGCAUCUAAAGUCUAGAGUUCAUCAUACAUUAUCUUGAAGGGACUGUCUUUUGACAUGUGCUAGUAGAUGUUCUUGCUAGUGCAUGAAUUAAUUCCUUAAAUAUCAAACUUUCUGCUACACAUUUUCAAAUAAAUUAGCCCACACGAGCAAGAAGCGGGGUUAUAAGGCGACAUAGACUUCGGAGAACGAGCGGCAUUGGAAGACAAGCUGCAAGAUGGACAUUAAGGACCUUGAGGCCAAACACAACAUCGCCAAAAGUCCUGAAUUACCGCAUGUCUAUAAAGACAGAAACUAGGCAUAAAUAUCUGUUUCAAUCUUCAGAAACGUUGCUAAGCAGAAGCGAGGAAGUGAGCCGCAGUUCGCAUCAGUAGUAGGCGUUGACACGUCACUAGUGUAUCUGGUUAUCAGGUAGUAACACAUGUGAACGCACACAUAUUGCGUUUUUCCAUUAUGCUACCGGAAUCAUUCACUCAAGAGACCUUCAUCUAAUGUUUAUGCUCUUAUGAAUGCUACAAAACGAUAUUGUGCAGCCGAAUAAAAAUAGAAUUUCUUCAGAAAGCACCAAACUUCAGUCGACUCACAUGUUUAUCCUCAAGAAACGUAUGAUAGGCAAACUUACCAGCUAGCCUUCAGUAUAUCCCUCGCCUGACACGCACUGCAAAGAAACAUUCUCGAAUGUUUGUUCCGUGGCCACCGUCAACCAUGGAGGCCCCCAUCACCCAAGACUGCUUCACUCUCAACGACACGACCAUAGUGACCGACUGCGAGGGGUUGGAUGCCAACGCCAGUUGGCGCACGCCUUCGCCCGAAGGGGAGUCGUCGUGGAACCAAACCGCUCUCCAGUUACCACCGGGCCACGUCUACUUCGAUUAUCCUGAAGAAAUGCUGGAGCCAUGGGUAAUGAAUGAGUACUUUUUUUUCAUCGUGGUGACGUACUUGGUGGCGUUCGUCAUCGGUGUCAGCGGGAACUUGGUGGUGAUCUCCGUGAUGGCUGGUGACAAGUCCUCGAGGAACGUCACCAGCGUGUUCCUCGUCAGCCUGGCUGUCUCCGACCUGCUUCUCCUCACAAUCUGCGCACCGCUGGAUGUGGCUCAAUACUUGGUGGUUCGGUGGGACGCUAGCGGCACGGUGUGCAAACUGGCCGCUUACGCCGAGACGGUGUCCGCCUUCGCUUCGGUGCUCAACAUGGUCGCCGUUACGCUCGAAAGGUUCGUCGUGAUCGUGUUCCCAAUCCACUCACGCACGGUGUGCACCAUGAGCAACUGCAAGAGGCUUAUGUGGGGCGUCUGGCUCGUAUCCCUCGUCGUUGCCCUUCCAAUGCUCUUCGUAAAGAACGUGAUCCAGACAACGUUCACGAACUAUCGGGUGAACGUGACCAUCUACAGAUGCAAGGACGAGCACGACUGGCAAGGCCAGUCAGUGUCGUGGUACCGUCUCGUCACACUGUUCGCUCUCCCGUCGGUGGUCAUGAUCGUCUGCUAUUCAUGGGUCAUCCUAGAACUGUGGGUCAGCACAAAGACCAUGGACCAGCUCACUCAAUCGGCAAAGUUUAGUUACCAAUGCCAGGCACCCACGACGCCCAGACUGGGUUCUCUCCCCAGUCCAGCACAGCAGCAGCCGAACUGCAGGCUCAUCCUUCGGGGCCAUGCCAACUCUGACAUAAGAGACGUCAAGAGAGCACGCCAACAGGUUAUCAAGAUGCUGAUACUUGUGGUGAUCCUCUUUCUGCUUUGCUGGGGUCCCCGGCUGGUCAUGGAAAUCGUCGUCAAGUGCUGCCUCAAUGUGUUCAACCACGGAGUGUAUGCUGUACGCGUGCUAUUCUACCUACUGCCGUUCGUGCACAGCUGUCUGAACCCCAUCGUCUACUGCUUCAUGUCCAGCAAGUUCAGACGCCGCAUGGUACGAUGCUGCCAUCGCACCUGCUUCGCACCGCGCUGCCGCGUCAAGUCUGCCACCACCAACAACCGCUGUUCGUCCAGAAACGGCACGACACGCCUUGGUUCGACGUACACGUUCACGUCAUACGCCACCUCGACGGUGGCUAUCCCAUCUUCCAUGACGCAGGUACCGGGCGAUCCGCUCGCUUUGUGACAAUCGCCCUGCCCGCCGCUGCACCAGCGCGGCGCUCUACAGCUGCAAGCUACCGGUGCCAAAGGAGCCAAGAAGAAGAGCGCUAAGCAGCAGAAUCGUUGCAGGGACACCACAAUUGAGGACUUUUUGUGAGCGGAUGAACUGAGGGGCUGUACGUUUAUUUGGGAAAAUGUACAUAAAAUACUCCCAGCAUCAAAGCGGUGAUAGAAAGGGUUUUUUUGACGGAAGAAGCUCCACGAUGGAUUACAGGUGUGAUCGUACUGGACCAAACGUCAAACGUGACACAGAUAUAUUUUGGAUCUGUCUAUAUCGCUUCAAGGUGGCUCGUUUGUGACUUAGAGUGUUCUUAUGAAACACUUACAGGGCUACUUAUGGACGUUGUUGUGUGUUCAGGAUGACACGAAUUGUGUAAACUGGUCUCCUGGUGAUGCAAAGAACAUGCAUAUGUAAUGUAAAGGGAUACAUUAAACUGUAUCCAGCUAUUUAGGUUCAGCGCAGUCAAGCGGUAAUUUUGGAAUCGUGCGUACAUCGUGGCAAAAGCUGAUGGAGCAGUAAUGUUUGUGAGAAAAUUACUGGUUUGCGGAUAGUUCUGCCGUAACUUGACAGCGUUGUCGAAUUCUGAGCGUAAGAUGCCGUUACAACGAGUUAUUUGUAACAGGAACGCCCCUGCAUCAAUUGUAGUGCUUCUAUUAAAGUGUAGACCCUCAGAAGGAACGAAAGUCACGCAAAGGGGCAAUGAAAUUAUCACGAAAUGGUUCCUUUACUCACUAGAAGGGUUCAAAAAACCAAAGGUAAAUUUCAGAGCUACUGCAACUUACACUAAGCUAAUUCAUCAUCCCCAGCAAAAUGGUGGAACACGUGGGUGCAGUUAGAAAAUUGCAAAGUAAGUAAAGGUUCAUGCGAAGUGUUUUGAGAAAUGUGUACAUAGUUAUGUCCAACGGCCUGAUUGAAAUCAAAAAGUCGCCAUUGACUGUUCGGUGUUUCUUUUAGGCCGAUUUGAGGACAAUUUUGUAUUUUUCCCUCUACAAGCCGUACCUCGCCAUACUGCGACGUUCGGGAGCGUAACCUCGCGCAAUGAAGGCGAUAUUUCUCUUCAGGCAAUUGUGGAGCGGACAACUUUUGAGAGAGAAUCUCAUAAAUACAAUUUUAUUGAACGAGACAGGGUGUUGAAAUGUAUUUAUCCCAAUAUGUUUGCUCCACGUCCGCGCAUAACUUGUGAAGGCUGUUUGUGACCAGUGUGUAAAUGUGAGCGGAAAAUGCUAGUGGUGGAGUGCUGAACUAUUCGUAAUUUCCCUUGCAUGGUUGUUUUUCCCAAUGCCCCAGACUGUGUGCGUCGUUUGUCACCUCGUUCAGAUUUGACUGCGCCAGUAUUCUUUCAGCCAUGUGGAUAUGAAUGACAUUAUCUUUGUCUUCACUGAUAAUGUAGGCAUGAAAACCUGAGAGAUGUUUACCUGCAAGCAUACUCUCCGUCUUUCGAGAUUACGAUGAGGAGGCAAACGGAAAGAAUGCCGUGCUGUAUAACGUUGUUACCGCUGUGUAUUGUCACGUGAUAAACACGAAGAUGUUUUUAUGUCUUGUUUGUAUAGAACAAAAACAGUAUUGUUCUCGCCUUGAAGUUAUCGUGUCAAACACUCGUUAUUCAUGUCUAACGGUUGUGUUUUCCCGGGAUGCCGCGAUGGUUUCAACAUGUACUUUGUACGCAUGAGAGUUAACGUUCCCUAUUACAAAUGUCGCGCUCAUUCUCGCAGGGCUGGUUCUUCGUGUAUAAUAUUCCAAAGCAAGGCUAGGUGGUGCAAUGUACGCAAAAUUUUCACUGGUGCUCGUACUUCUGGUGCCCUUGAUAGUUUAAAUCUCCGAAUGAAAUGACGUCAUUCUUUGUGAAUUUUGUCUUACAUAUGCACAAACUACUAGUCGCAAAAAAAAAACGAGGAAUCAACGCUAAAGCUAACACUGCAAAUACAGUGUUAGCAUUUCAACCUUACGCACAUUAAGUAGCAUAUCUCUCUAAUGAUCUUUCUUGCAGUUUUAUCAUGCUAAAAGCCAAAGAAAGAACCAGAGCUACUAAAGUAUAAAGAGACACAGAACCAGUGCUAGAAAUGUUCGACAACACUUCUUACAAGCUUUAAGUCGUGAUAAGCAUACAGACGUUCGGCCUGUUUAUGUUGUUACGUGCUUGUGAAAGUCUUCUAUUCCUGCCUCAUCUCCGAGCUCGAAGAGCCUCAAUAAACGAGCACCGCAAAGUA